UCUGAGAGUAACUGACUGUUUGUCACGAACUGUUUCCGCAAAACAGUGAAGGCAGGGCAGCUAAGAAAGAUCCUUGGACAAUGUCAAGCUCUCUGGUUGUGUGUGAAGUGGAUGAAAGUCUGAAAACUAAACUGAGAAAGUUUAGAUUUCGAAAGGAGACCAGUAAUGCUGCCAUACUAAUGAAGAUAGACAUGGAGAAACAACUUGUCAUCCUUGAAGAGGAGUAUGAGGACAUCUCACUGGAUGAGCUGAGAAAUGAACUUCCAGAGCGCCAACCCAGAUUCAUUGUCUACAGCUACAAGUAUGUCCAUGAUGAUGGUAGGGUGUCCUACCCUUUGUGUUUCAUAUUCUCCAGUCCAAUGGGAUGCAAGCCAGAGCAACAGAUGAUGUACGCAGGCAGCAAGAAUCGACUGGUCCAAGCUGCAGAGCUCACAAAGGUCUUUGAAACAAGAAACACAGAUGACUUGACUGAAGAAUGGCUGAAGAAUCAUCUGGCAUUUUUUCGCUGAAAAUACAUCUUCCAUAUGUUUUUCUUUGUGAAACGUGGUCUUUAAAGUUUUUAUUGCCGUGUAUGUUACUGCUAUUAAACCCUAGAUUGUAUGCCAUCAUGUUUUGUCAGUUUUGCAUAUAAACCAUAUUCAUAUUAGACACGAACAGUCCCCUACU